GCUGCAAUAGAUUAUGAUAUCUUAUACAAAUGAAAUGAGCCAAACAGGCAAUAGAAAAUUAGGAGCAAAUAGACACGCUUUAGUUUGGGGGGCAAAGGACUAAAAAGAUGGUCAAAUUAUAUCGUGUAUGAAUUCCACCAUUAGUCAUAAACUUAAGAAAGAAGUUGGACUAAACCAAAAAAUAACAAAAUAAUUUACAAAUAGAAUAAGAGCACUCAUUCAACGCGGAGUAUACACUCGUUCAUUGACUCCACUUAACCUUAUAUCAUUCGUUCCAACGUUAACCACUCACAAAUUACUUAGAAAAAAGAAGAUGUCUUCUUGCACAGUUGCACUCUCGAAUUCACCGGUUUUCUCUCCAUCAUCAUCGUCAUCAUCAUCUUCAUCUCCUCGCCUCGCUUGGCUCAACAAGCCACGUGACAGGAUCAGGGCGUUGGCCGGCGGCGAACCAUCGCCGCUCUUGAAGAGGAAGAGGCCGGCGAGGCUGGAUAUUCCGGUGGUUGCGGUGACGGAGAGGGAGGUGGCGGCGGUCCCCGAAGUGGCGGAGGUGGAGGGAGAUGGUUAUUCAGUUUGUUGCAAGAGAGGGAGGAAGGAUGUGAUGGAGGAUCGAUUCUCUGCUGUUCUUCACCAAAAUCAGGCGUUUUUUGGUGUAUUUGAUGGACAUGGAGGCGCGAGUGCCGCAGAGUUUGCAGCUGAGAAUUUGGAGAAGAAGAUUAUAAAUGAGCUGGAAAAAAGCGACGAAAUUGAGGCGGCUGUGAAGGGUGGAUACUUAGCCACAGAUGCCGAAUUCCUAAACAAAGAUGUUAGAGGUGGAGCGUGUUGUGUGACGGCGCUGAUCAAGAACGGCAAUCUCGUGGCGUCCAACGCCGGCGACUGCCGCGCAGUUGUCAGCAGAGGCGGCGCCGCGGAGGCCCUCACCUCCGAUCACCGCCCCGGCCACCGGGAAGAUGAGAGGGAAAGAAUCGAGAAGCUGGGUGGUUUUGUGGAACGGCGUAACGGCGUUUGGAGAGUCCUAGGAUCUCUAGCUGUUUCUAGAAGCAUCGGAGAUCGAUAUCUCAAGCAAUGGAUCACAGCAGAGCCUGAGACUAGAGUCAUCAAACUUGAACCAGAUCAUGAGUUUCUUAUCCUAGCUUCUGAUGGAUUGUGGGAUAAGGUGAAUGAUCAAGAAGCUGUAGAUAUUGCUCGCCCUCUUUGCAUAGGUGUCGAAAAGCCUCAGCCGUUGGCAGCUUGUAGGAAGCUUGUUGAUCUCUCUGUUUCUAGAGGAUCUGCUGAUGAUAUUAGUGUCAUGAUUGUUCAUCUUGACAGAUUUUGUUAACUUUUAGGACUACCGACUCUAGAUCAAGUAGACUUAUCUUGUGACAUUGUUUUGGAUGGAGUUUUCACGAUUCAUAGUGUACAUAUAUCUUAUACAUGUAAAUGAUAUGAUAUUCCGUUA